AACUUGAGGCUGUUUCCACUCAUCCUGUCGCUUGUUCCUUGGGAGCAGAGACCCUAACGCAAAGAGAAAUGAAGGUUCCCCAACCACAGCGUGACAUCCCCAUCCCAAACCUACACGGAGGCUGCAGAAGUGCCGACCCAUCGCUCAGAGUAGAAGUGGGCAGCGUGGGCCGUCUCCCAUCAGAUAUUGUAACCCACAAGGGACAUUGCUGCCUUCUCUAAAAUCCAGCUUUGUAGUUUGUCUGGAAGAUGUGUGGGCAUGUCAGAAUUGCCCUGAAAUGCAACAGCAAUUGUGCUUUCUGCCAAACGAUGUGCAGAGCAGACCAGGGUUUUGGAUUCCUAUGUUACCCCAUAGUGACUCGGUCCUUCGGCAGAAUCUUGCUUGCAAUUCUCAGGAAAGGGCACUGAGCAGUGAAAUUAUUUUUAGAGCUUGUAAACAAGUAGACCUGUGCCCAUCCCUGCAGACACCCCAGCUCUGUGCUUCUUGAGGAUCACGGAUAUUUCAUUACAGGAGAGUCAAGCUGAGGUGAGGACUUGCCUGCAUUUGCUAACCAUGGUUUGAUGAUUGCCACCUUCUUCCCAAAAGAUGCAUCCAGCCCAUGCGUGUGCAGAAAUGCAUCUUGACUUCUUGUGCUCAGCAGCUUAAAGAGAAAACAACAAAGCUGAUAAUAUAAUGUGUUAUUAAAACAGGCUUUUUUAUUACAAAGAUUUCCCUCUCUCAUGUCCAGCUCAACAACAACAGGCACCUGCAGACAUGGUUUGGUACAGGGGGAUGUGUCUGCCUCCUAGGGCCAGAAAAGAAGAGAUGGAUGGAGAGAAGAGUUUUUGCUGCAGAAAUUCCCCUUGGCUGUUUCCUCCCCAAGCCAAAUGAGGCACAAGGCUGGUGUGACCAGCAUUAGGGGUUUGGGGUCACCUUGGAGCUGUUGGCAACCUGGUGGCUUCGCACUGCUCACAAGUGCGUUGUCAUCGUGCACAAAGAUCUCACACUCUGGAAAGCCCCGUGCCAAGCUUGAAUUAAUGGAAGAAAACAAAUCAUAAAUUGGCUGAUGGAGAUCUCUGGUUACUUGGUGCCAUCGCAGGUGAUGGCAGUCUCUUCCUGGCCAGUGGUGUGAGUAAGCUGAAGGACAUGAGAGUAACGGAGAGAACCUGAGAUGUAGAGAUGAAGCCAUUUGCAAAGGAGAAGCCCAGGGCUCCUGCAAGGCCUGGGACCUCCAUCCAAGCUUGCUCAAUGGGAGAACAUGGGCAUGAAGGUGUCCAGCGCUGUGUUACAUCCCGUAUUUCUUGUGCUAAUGAAGUGUCUGGCUCUAAGCACCCCUGCAAAUAUGAGAUAUGAAGGUGGAGCAGAAAGAAUGGGUAAAAACCCAGGCAAAUCUGUCCAAGGAAACUGCAGGAACCCAUCUCUAUGAUGAAGUGGUGGUCCUGGGUUAUUUUGGCCACGGGAACCAGCACUACCAAACUUCUCCGUGAGCAUCCUGAGCCCCACGGACAGGCAGAGCUGGACCAUUUUGUGCAGGAUUUGGGGAGCAGCAAGAACAUGAGCAACGUGUCUGGAGGUGAGGUGGCUUCUCCAGGGUUGACCAAUGACCUUCCAACCGAUGCCGUUUCAUGCCCAGCAGCUCCAUUGAAGACGAAGGGUGGCUAAGGAGGCGCCUUUGAUCGGAGCGAGACGAGCCCCGCCGGGCACCGGCACCGCGACACCCCCGGGAACCGGUACCGACACCUCCGGGACCCGGCACCGACAGCCCCGGGCACCGACACCCCCGGGCAUCGGCACCGCGACACCCCCGGGAUCCGGCACCGACAGCCCCGGGAACCGACACCACUGGCACCAGCAUCCCCGGCACCGGCACCCCCGGCACCGGCACCCCCGGCACCGGCAGUCCCGGGCACCGAUACUCGUGGCAACCGGCACCGGCACCUCCUGGAAGCGGCACCGCAGCAUCCCCGGCACCGGCGCCCCCGACGCCGGCAUCACAGGGCACCGACAUCCCCGAGAAUCGGCACCGCGGCACCCCCGGGCACUGUCACCGGCCCCGGGGCAUCCGACACCGGGACCAAGACCGCAGCACCGCCGGGCACCAGCAGCGGGAGCGAAGACCCCGAGCACCGGGACCGAGACAUCACGGGGUGCCGCACCGAGAGCAGCACCGGGACAUCGUGGGCAGCGGCACCGGGACCAAGAGAUCCCCGGGACCAAAGCACCGUCGGUCUCCGGGACCAGAACACCCGCAGGCAUCGGGACCGAAGCCUCCAGGCGCUGACCACGGGCUGCGAUGCUUCCCGGGGCGAGUCCCCUCGCCUUCCUCCUCCGGUGCCUGCUGCUCCUCUUCGCCUCCGAGAGCCGAGCCCGGGCUCGGCCGGACAUGUUCUGUGACUUCAACGGCAAGAAGUACAGCCCGGGCGAGAGCUGGCACCCCUACCUGGAGCCGCAGGGGCUGAUGUAUUGCAUCCGCUGCAGCUGCUCCGAGAAUGGCAACAUCAGGUGCUAUCGGAUCCAGUGCCCAGCUCUGCAGUGUGCCAGUCCCGUCACGGACCCCCAGCAGUGCUGCCCGCGGUGUCUCGAGCCACAUUCCCCUUCUGGCCUCCGGGCACCCGUCAAGUCUUGCCAGUACAACGGGACGACCUACCAGCAAGGCGAGAUGUUCACCACCAGUGAGCUCUUCCCCAGCCGCCAGCCAAACCAGUGUGUGCAGUGCAGCUGCUCCGAAGGCCAGAUUUACUGCGGCUUGGUGACAUGCCCAGAGCUCUUGUGCUCCUCUCCCCUAACUGUGCCGGAUUCCUGCUGCCAGGUCUGCAAAGAUGGCUCACAGGAGAAGUCCACGGAAGAGGAACCCCUGCAGUUAAACAGAGGUGUUCGGCACUCUCAAGACCAGUGCUCGGGGGAAGCGAUGGGCAGGAAGCCACCUGGAACCACCGCAUCCACCAUUCUCAGUUCCUCCCUGGAGUUCAUCCCCAGGAACUUCAAACCCAAGGGAGGAGGUGGCACCACGGUCAAGAUCGUCAUGAAAGAGAGGCACAAGAAAGCUUGUGUUUACAACGGGAAGACCUACUCCCACGGGGAAGUGUGGCACCCUGUCUUCCGGCUCUACGGCCUCCUGCCCUGCAUCCUCUGCACUUGCAGGGACGGCGUCCAGGACUGUCAGAAGAUCACCUGCCCCAAGGAGUAUCCGUGUAACUACCCAGAGAAAGUCGAUGGGAAAUGCUGUAAAAUAUGUCCAGAAACCAGGGUGAAACCCACCGAUGAAAUAGUCACCACCCGGUGUGGCAAGAACCCCAACCGUGUCCUGGUCUACAUGUUCGUGCCGCCAAGCUCGGAAACCUCCAAGGAGAUCCUCAGGACAAUCGCGAUUGAGAAGGAGACAGCAGAAGAUGUGGAAAUCUACAACUGGAAGCUGAUUAAAGGAAUAUUUCAUCUGAUCCAGACCAAGAAGAUCAGCAAACUGGAAUUCAAACAAGAAGCGCGGAACUUCAGGCUGAUCACCAGGACGAACGAAGGUCACUGGAACAUCUUCCGAGCCCAAACGUCAGAGCUGAGGAUGACAGAGAGCCCAGAGAAAGAAACAAAGAACUUGUAAAGGAAAUAAAACCCCAACAAACUUUAACCUAGCUAUUGAUUUAUCUACACACACACACACAUACACAUAUAUACGAAAAAAAAUGCAUUAUUAAAUAGACUGGCACAGCAAUAAAGGAUACACUAGUGUAAAUUACAGAACCUCCAGCGAAUGAACCAAAUUGAACCGCGUUGAAGCCGCAGCCAUGGAGGUGCCUCUCUCCAGAGAUCCCAAGGUGUCGAUGGUGCGGAAGGAGGAUGGGGACACGGCAGAAACGUGAGACCUGGAGCGACGUGAAGAGGUGGGACACGUCCCUGACACCCUGACAGUUCUGAAGAGCAUCAGGAGCUAGCAGCAAAGCAGAAAAUGACCAUGCUUUUUACCACCACCGGCAUAAAGAUGACCAGCAGGGAGAGAAAAAUCAUCCUUAUUUCCUCUCUUGUGAUCUACAAAGGGUUUCAUUGGCUGAAUACCCUCCAAAGGGUAUUUCUUGAAAAAUCUUGGGGUUUUCUCCUCUGUUGCAGCUGGGAGGAUUCUUUUCCCUCCUUUGCAGGUCACUUGAAGAUGUAGUUUUGGGGAGGACCCACCUGCUGACAGGGUCUGAGACCCCAAACACUGCACUAAGGUCGCUACUAAGCAUGUUAUUAUGCAAUAUACUUAUAUAUAUUCUACAUAAUAUCUACUGGGCUGUAUUCACAGGAGGGGCAUCUCCCAAAGGGCGAACAGGACCAUUUCUGCAGUGUGGGGAGGAGGGUGUGCAGCAGCAUCGCCCUCCCCCUGUCUGGAAAUAGCUUUGGGGGAUUUUCAGGUUGUUCUGGUGCAUGUAUUUAUCCCUGGUUUCUUGUUUUAUUCUGUUUUGAUAAAUCUAUUUAUUUGGAGAUCGAAAGCUGUCUGAUAAAUCUGAUUAAAGCGCCUUCUUGAUUCA